AUGGAAUCUGUGGGAUCGAAUCAAGUAUCCCCGUACGUUAGUAAUCGAGACCAAAGGCACCUCGUGGCACAACCGGUGGCAGAUCGGAUAAUUCGAGCUCUUCAUCACCGGAUCCGUCUCCUCCAUCGUCCAAACGCCGGUACAUUUCACGUACUCGGUGCCACCUGUAACGUCUACACCGUGACGUUAACGGCCACGCCCACUUGCACUUGUCCCGACCGUAAGAAACCUUGCAAGCACAUCUUGUUUGUCUUAAUCCGAGUUCUUGGACUUCCUCUCGACGACAAGUGUCUUAGGCAACGGAGACUCCGGCCAUGUAUCCUCUACCGACUCGCCUCCGCUCCAACACGACCUGACUGCCUCGCCAGUUUCCACCUCCAGCAACGGUUUCUUCAGCUUUUCACCUCCGCCACUUCUCAUUCUGGCGAUACUAACUCCUCCUCCUCCACGGGUAAAAUGGAAAAUGAGACGGAAGACGAAGAACCGGCGACAUGUCCAAUAUGUCUAGACGAUAUUAACGCCAAUAAAAGCGUAAACGGUGAACACGUUGGAGGCGAGGAGAGAGAAAGAGCGGUGGUGAAGUGCAGAGUUUGCAAAAACAAAGUGCAUGAAGAAUGCAUGCUGAAGUGGAGGACGAGUCGGGGACGUCGGCCGGCGAUAUGCGUGGUCUGCCGUGCACGGUGGCGAAGAAAUAGUUCUAGCAGAACUCCUAAUGUUGGUAGUAAUUACGAGAACUGCCACGGUAAUUGUUACUUGAAUCUUUCUCCUUAUGUUGAUGAGGAGGAGGAUGGGGUUGGCACUAGCCAACGGCCAUGUUGA